AUUGAAUAAUCCAUCGCGAAUAUCGCAACGGUUGGCAGUCAAAACCGCCUACUUUCUGGUGAAGUUUUUCACUGCACUUUUUGUCGCGCGGCCAGCUCUGUGUGCAUGCCAGAGAGUGAUCGAUUAUUCAACACCGGACAAUGACAACAGUCUGUGCUUUGGUACGAUUGGUUCGAGCUGGCUGAAAAUGGUAGGACAAUUUUCGACACCACGCUUAUAAAAUUCCCUAUCCCCGGCACUAUCCGGAGUCAGUUGGAAAAUGGCCUUCGAGCGUUGAAGGCAAUCGGCAGUGUAGCUAGGUUACGGUAGUUGGUGGAAUCGAAGACAGUUUUCUAGGGGACAUUAAACCUGCCAGUGAAUACCAAUCGUUCGCGAUCUUGUAAUAAUGGCUUCUGCCACAAGUGUACGGUCCUUUUCGGGACAGGAGUGGUUUGCGACAGUGUUUCUGCUAAUUGUGCUUAGCAGCAGUGGUGUGCAGUGCUUCGAACGUUUCUCUCCCAUAAAUGAGCUUCUGUUAUCCGAGUUUGAAUACGACACCAAUAUCGAUCGCGAUCUGUUGCCACUCGACGAACGAUCGUACUUUUCUUACGAUGAGCCGCACGAGCCAACUUUUCACACCGACUACAAUCUGGCUAAUCUGAAGCCGAUUUCACCAACGCCUGGUUUUACGCUCGAUCCCUCCUACAUAUCGCCCGAGGAUAUCGUUCCGGCCCGAGCCAAACGUGCCAAUCUAAGGGAACGAAGGAAACCAUCGACGCACCGCAAACGCGAGCAGGAAAAGGAACUGCUCACCGAUGAGCACGAGGAAGAUCUGGAUGAAGAUGAUGCGGAUGAAAAGGCCAGCGAGCCGGAGGAGAGUACGGACGUGGACGAUUAUGCCGCACGGUACGAGCAGUUUAUUGCGAAACAUUUCGAAGAUUUGGAAAGCAAGCGGAAAAAGUCCGCUCCGCAGCGUAAAGCACCUAAGCCGACCGAUGAAGAGGACGACGACGACGACGACGGCGAGGAAGAAGAGCAGGACGGUGAUUACCGGUUUGAUCGGGGCGACUACUCCUCCUCGGAGGAUUACGAGCGAAUAAAGGCAGAGUCUGAGGAGCAAAGCCGGCGGUUGGCGAAGGACCCCAGGAACUGCCGCACGUACGAGAAGGACGGUAUGGUGUGUAGCGUGUGUCACGAUCCGGCCAGCGACAGUGCGUCGGAGAGCUGUGCGUACGCUACCGAGCCCCACCAUCGCAAGUAUGCGUACGUGAAGGAGCGAAACUACGACAGCAAGAAGGAUGCCGAUCCGAACCGUGGAAAGGCGGAAGUGGACGAGGAGGAGGAGGAGGACGGUGAUGAGGAGCCGGAGCACGCCGGUACCGAAACACGCCCCGAGCGGCAGACAGAUGGUGCGGGAGACGGGAUUGUAGGUUCCGCCGUACCAACCACACCCUCCAGACGGAGGCUCCCUGCGCAUCCACUGCGCAAGCCGACCCUGCGCUCGAAACCGCACCAGUCGGCGACCAACGGUGGCGGGUAUCGCUACCAGCCGACCGAUCUUCGCUCUAACCGGGCCAGCAUGAAGCUGAAGCUAGCAGAGGGCAGUGGGCCGGCUGCCGAUGAUGCCAACAUUUACGUGAUGAACUACGACAACGAGCCGGAGGAGGUGGCAAAGGUGCUGGCCGAGUUUAAGGCGCGCGACUGGUCCAACUGUCGCACGGAGUCCCGCCCGAUCGCGUCCGAACCGGUGCGACCACCGCCCUCGAUGACCGGGAAGCUACAGCUGCAGCAGCAAGCACACAAGCGCAAGAAGGUUGUGGCACUGUCGCGCAAGGAGCUGGCGGCACUUGAACCAUCGGCAACCAGCGCAGCCGUUGGUGGGCCGGUAAAGGAGAAGCAAACGGUCAAGCGGACGGUUUCGUUCCGCAGCUUCAUCACUGGGUCGGGACGGGGAGCCCCGGGGUCAUCUUCUUCAGCGUAUGUGGCGCAUGCAGGAUCUGACGGUGACGAGCGCGUGAUUCACUACGAGCAUCACAUUUCUCACGAAGUUCCUUGAGGGACGAAGGCGCAAGGAGGACGGAUGGGUAUAGGGAGCCGAAAUGUUUCGCAAAUAAUGUUCAAUGCGCAAUUUAAGUGUUUCUUUUUAAGGCCGAAUAUUUGAAGAAUGUUCUAAAGGAAGAGGCCUGCACGCUGGGAGAUCCGUUUAAAAUAUCCCUUUUUGCUCGUUAACUUACUGAAGGAUCGAUAACUACGUAUGUACUAUUGCAGCAGUAUUCUUUUGUGCUCCGAAUAAACAGGCCGUUCUAAUAAUGAUCAAUAAUUAUGUCGACGAAUAGAAGAACAUAAACGCAGGAUAUAAAUGAUAUAGGCUAACAUGAAUCACAACAGGAUGACACAAACUUGCUGAACUUGACGACGACGAGAAACACACAAAUGAUAAUGGAUUUUCACUUAAAGUUAUUUAUUUAAAUCAUGUAUUAUCUGCAUCAUAUCAUCAAUUCGUCAGCCCUUCGCACUUCUCUCUCCUCAAUAUGUUUUUUUUUUCUAUGUAAUUUGUUUUUAGUUCCGUUUCAAAUUCCCUCCCAGCCACUACUUACUGUUUACAGUAGUUGCGUUGCUGCUGUCUUUGCACAUGCAUUUUGCCUUCCAUGUGAACUCGAACCUUGUCUCCCUCACUCGUCUCGAGGGAAUUGGGCUUCGUGUGCCCCACCCCUCCUCCCCAGAUGCAUCGAUGUGUGCAGGAGGAUCAUCUGCUUCCCUUUUUCCAUGGCAUACACGCUUGACCAUUUGUCUCCCUUGCUUCAUUCAUAGUUUCGGCGGUACGCAAAUGUUGUAAUGGUGGUUUUCUGUGUGUGUGUGUGUUUUGCUUUCCUUUCCUUUGCUACUGCUGUAACGCUGGUUCAGCUCGGCCUUCUGUCCUGUUAACAUCACGCGAAUUUUCGUACAAUUUUCGUCGUACCUGAAUUGAAGGUCUAGUAAUUGCAUGAAUUCUCAUUCUCUACUCUAUAUAACGCCAUUCUAAUGGCAUUCGUCAUCGCAAAGGGACAUUCACACUGAAAGCGUUUUAAAAUUAAGUAUUGCAAAUAAAACGGCUUUGAGAUGAAGGUGAUCGAUCGAUAUGAGAUGAUGGGUUUCGGUGAGAUGAUUCAAAGAAGUAGACCCCUCUUGCAUCGGCAGCGCAGCUCUGACCGCUCUUUCUUAUCACGUUUGUUGUUAUAUAUGAGUGUGCUAUUUUUUUUUUUUUUUUACGAAACCCAAAACGUUUCGCCUUUCUAUAGUUUAGUUUACUCGAUCAUUAUCCACUAUCAAGUCAAGAUGCUUAGAUGUGUAUGUAGAUAGAGCGAUGUAACGGUAAAUGGGGUAUGCAACUGUUGUUAACGGAUGUCCCAUCCCAUGAAACACUCGUGUCUUGCGCUUCAUAGGUUUCCAGAGUAAAACAAACCAAAACUUCCGUUCGUAAACAUACAAACAGCGAGUCCCCCUUCCUCCUUCCCUCCUUCCUUCCUUCUUCUGAUCCAUCGAUAGUCUUUAAUGUUAGGCAUCACACUUCCAGUGCUUGUAUUACACCACCCCCCCUAAAUACCAAAUUGAUCCUUUGCUGUUGUGUUGUGUAAUGUACUCUUUGCUUAAAAGUUACCAUCCCCCUCCCCUACACGAUUGUUAGUCGAUGCUUUCCACACAAACAUGUCUCCUCUUACAAUCAGAUGCGAUCCAUUAGUGUAUCAUAUGGGUGUGUUUGUGUUGUUUUUUUUUGUUUUAAAUAUAUAUGCAUAUAUUUUGUUUUUUGAGUCAUCUUUAAAUCCUAUCAAAGUAUUUUACACUGAUUUCUGUUUUGCUUCAGCAGAGUGCACUCCUAGUAACAUCGUGUCACGAACCAAAUAAAUCAUCUACGCACCUAAAUACUACAACUUAACAUAUCAAAUGAUUGUGCAGAGUUUGAAAACAAUGUCAGUGUGUGUGUGAGUAUGUUUAUGUGUAUACACACAGGAGCACAAACAAUAUACACUGGCUGGUUUAUCUGCCGGAAGAACGGGUGUGCCAAGUACGACCUUAUUGCCUUUAUCGUGGUGUAAUAGAGAGAACAUUCCUGCUGCUAGCCCUCUCCGCCAGAAAACACUCGCGUGAAAUUUGCGAGCUUUACGCGCUUCAUCAAUGCGUAAUUACUAACUAAACACACGCACUCACGUUAUGGGAAUCCAAUACUAUUAUACACGAUCAUGUUCUUCUUCUUUUUCUUCUUCUUGGCGUAACGACCAUCGCGGUCAUGCCGGCUCGAUACAAAGGGCUUUCGGGACUUAUUAGUACCACGCAGCCGGAUGUAGUCAGUCCUUGCUAUGGGGCGACGGUCCAUAUAAGGUUUGAACCCACGACGGGCAUUGGU